AUGGGGAAGACCGUGACCGUAUACCGAGGCUCUAAAGAUGGAGUAAUACAUUCAGAGCAGAACAAGGUCACGUUGGAACCCAACGAUGUCUUUGUUGAGAUUACGCACUCCGGUGUCUGUGGGGCGGACGAGUUGUUUUUGAAAUCCGGGAUCGUCCUAGGCCAUGAGGGCAUCGGUAUCAUCCGACAAAUCGGGAAGAACGUCACAACGGUCAAGAUUGGAGAUCGUGUCGGGUUUUCUUUUGUCCAAAAAGUGUGCGGGUCGUGCCAUAAUUGUUUGAGUGGCCGAGACCACUAUUGUAUCAAGAAGAAGCAGUAUGGGCAAGAUCUUCAGGCAAGCGGGAGCUUUAGCCACGGCGCUGUUCGAGACGCGAGUUGCAUUUAUGCCAUCCCGGAUGGUUAUCCUUCUGAGUAUGCGGCACCUUUAAUGUGCGCGGGUGCUACUGUUUGGAAUGUCUUGACUUCGAACAAUAUUCGUCCGGGUGAUCGAGUGGGAGUGAUGGGAAUUGGAGGCCUCGGUCAUCUCGCUAUAAAACUAGGGGCCGCUAUGGGAUACCAGAUGGUAGCAAUCUCUUCAAAAAACAAACAUGACGAGGCAAUCGAGCUCGGUGCAUCUGAGCAUUACGUUAGAGAUCAAAUGGACCAGGCCGGGGGUGACUUCAGGCUCCUUAGACACCUCAUUCUGUCGGGGAGUCCGGAUACUGACUACCAAAAGAUUUUGUCCUUUAUGGAUACCGAUGGCGCUAUUUACCCUCUCACAUCUGCCCAAAAAGCUGCGCCAAUCUCGCUAUCUUCGUUAAAUACCAGGGGGAUCCGAAUCCAAGGAUCCAUGGUCGCUCCUCGUCAUUCCAUUCAAAGUCUUCUACAAUUCGCUGCAGCUAAGAGCAUAUACCCACGGGUGAUGACGUUCCCGUUGGAUAAGGAAGGUAUUGAACAAGCUUUACAAGAGCUCCGAGAUGGUAACAUGAGAUACCGAGGUGUCCUUGUGCGUGGCCAAUAG